AUGGAGAGCAUCCUUCUGCCGGCAGGUCGGGGUGGACGAGGUGAGGGGGGAGAUGGAAAGCAAAAGAUGCUGCAGGAGUCCCUUUGUUCUGCUUCAGGCCAGCACGGCUCCAGGGGUUCUUCCCGACCCGAUCCAAGCAUCCCCACCCGGCUGCUUCAAGCCGGCAGCUCCGUGCCGUGCUGGUUAACCACUUCAUUCCCGACCUAUCCCUACGGAAGCUCCGCUGAGUCUGCCGCGGGCACCUUUGCUCUUAAAGGGUCCCACAUCUCGUGUGGAGGAGCAGUGCUGGCAGCAGGAGACCCCCAUGGCUCACAGCCGCCUGCCCAACGACUCCUGGCACAACGGCUCAGCCCCUCUCUUCACCGGCCUGGACCUGCUCCUGGAGCUCAAGCCGCUCUUCAUCCCGCUCUAUGCCACGCUGGUGGCAGUGGCGUGCACGGGGAACCUCUUCCUCAUCCUCCUCAUCGCCCUCACCAAGAAGCUGCACUGCACCACCAAUUUCCUCAUCGGGAACCUGGCGGUGGCCGACUUCAUCAUGUGCCUGGCCUGCGUCCCCCUCACCGUCUCCUACGCCUUCGAGGCACGGGGAUGGCUCUUUGGGAUGUUCAUGUGCUACUUCGUCACCCUGAUGCAGGCUGCCACUGUCUUCGUGUCCGUGCUGUCCCUCACGGCCAUUGCCAUCGACCGGUACGUGGUGGUGGCGUACCCCAUCCGCAGGAGGAUCAGCCACAGGUCCUGCGUCUGCCUUGUGGCCUGCAUUUGGUUGCUCUCCAUCGUGGCCUCCAUUCCCACCUCGCUGCACACGCACUACUUGGACCUCAACACCAUCGGCCACGACAUGAUCAUCUGUGAGGAGUUCUGGAAGCACGAAGAGCGAGCGCGGCUGCUGUACUCGUGUUUGAUGCUCCUCCUGUCCUACGUGCUCCCGCUGCUGGCAGUGUCCGUUUCCUUCUGUGCCAUCACCUACCACCUGCGGAGGAGGAAGGUCCCGGGCGCUGCCUACCCCUGCCAAGAGAAAUGGACCAAAACGAAGCAGAAGACCUUUCGGGUGCUCACCGUGUCCGUGGUGUGCUUUGCUGUCUGCUGGCUGCCCCUCCAGGUGGUGAACUUCAUCAGAGACAUCGACGAGGAGUUCACCAUCCUGGACAAGAGGUACAUCAACGUCAUCCAGGUCUCCUGCCACCUGAUUGCCAUGAGCUCUGCCUGCUACAACCCUUUCAUCUACGCCUCCCUCCACGACAAGUUCUGGUUCCACCUCAGCAGCUGCUUCUACCGCAAGAAGAAGAGCUCCAGCCUGAUGUCCUGCAGGGCUUCCCGGUUCAACACCUGCUCCACGCUGGCAGAUGCUUCCACUGGGGUCUCGGAGAAGAUCGCUUUGCAAACCAGAUUGUCUUAACUGAAGGUCCUCGAGAGAUCAGUUUUGCUUCUGGACCUGUGUGCACUGUGCUUUAGACGGGAGCAGGUUGGGUGCUGGUUGUGGUGGCAUGUUGCUGCUCCCAGGUCCCUUGUGCCUGCCACAAGGCAAGGAACCGAUGGGCUUCGUGGUGGAGCUGCCAUUAGGAGCAGCUCAAGGAUGUUUUGUUCUUUGGGAACACAAACCGGUGCAGCAACAAGCACCCCAACCAGGCAAAGGCAGCGUAAUUCCAGAGUAAUUCGGAGCAGGAUGUACCUGCCAGCCCACAUAGACAUGCUGGGGCAGGAGGAGGGGUUUUCACCUGACCCAGACAGCAGGGAAGACCCGAGUGUCAGUGAAACAACAGCUCCUUGGUUCACUGCGGCAGAACAAUGGGAUGAGCAAGUUUCCUAUGUGGCUUUUACAGCCCUUUUCCCAUCUUUGGCUUGGGAUAGGACACAGCCUGGAUCUCACCCCUGGCUGGGAUGGGGCACACAGCCUGGAUCCCAGCUCCUGGCUGGGAUGGGGCACACACCCUGGAUCCCAGCUCCUGGCUGCGAUGGGGCACACACCCUGGAUCCCAGCUCCUGGCUGGGAUGGGGCACACAGCCUGGAUCCCAGCUCCUGGCUGGGAUGGGGCACGCAGCCUGGAUCCCAGCUCCUGGGUGAGAUGGGGCACACAGCCUGGAUCCCAGCUCCUGGCUGGGAUGGGGCACACACCCUGGAUCCCAGCUCCUGGCUGCGAUGGGGCACACACCCUGGAUCCCAGCUCCUGGCUGGGAUGGGGCACACACCCUGGAUCCCAGCUCCUGGCUGGGAUGGGGCACACACCCUGGACCCCAGCUCCUGGCUGGGAUGGGACACACACCCUGGAUCCCAGCUCCUGGCUGCGAUGGGGCACACACCCUGGAUCCCAGCUCCUG